CAGGCGCGGCGGGGAGCGAGGUCGCGCAGGCGCGGACGGCGUUGGUGUGAGAAGACCUUCAGCGUUGCGUUGGUGGAGCGGGACGGGACGGGGCCCACCCUCGGGUUGGAGAUAUGUGUAACACACCAACUUACUGUGACCUAGGGAAGGCUGCCAAGGAUGUCUUUAACAAAGGGUAUGGGUUUGGCAUGGUCAAAAUAGAUCUGAGAACCAAGUCUUGUAGUGGAGUGAUGGAAUUUUCUACUUCAGGUCAUGCUUAUACUGAUACAGGGAAAGCAUCAGGCAACCUAGAGACCAAGUACAAGGUCUGUGACUACGGACUCACCUUCACCCAAAAGUGGAAUACAGACAAUACCCUGGGGACAGAAAUCUCCUGGGAGAAUAAGUUGGCGGAAGGGUUGAAACUGACUCUUGAUACCAUAUUUGUACCAAACACAGGAAAGAAGAGCGGGAAAUUAAAGGCCUCAUUUAAACGAGAUUGUUUUAGUAUCGGCAGUAAUGUUGAUAUAGAUUUUUCUGGACCGACCAUCUAUGGCUGGGCUGUGUUGGCCUUUGAAGGUUGGCUUGCUGGUUAUCAGAUGAGUUUUGACACGGCCAAAUCCAAACUGUCGCAGAAUAAUUUUGCUCUUGGUUAUAAGGCUGCAGACUUCCAACUGCAUACUCAUGUGAAUGAUGGUACUGAAUUUGGAGGCUCUAUCUAUCAGAAAGUUAACGAGAAGAUUGAAACGUCAAUAAACCUGGCAUGGACAGCUGGCAGCAACAACACUCGUUUUGGCAUCGCUGCUAAAUAUAAGCUGGAUUGUAGAACUUCUCUAUCUGCCAAAGUAAAUAAUGCCAGUUUAAUUGGACUGGGUUAUACGCAGACCCUCCGACCAGGAGUCAAGUUGACCCUGUCAGCUUUAAUAGAUGGAAAGAACUUCAAUGCAGGAGGUCACAAGGUUGGAUUGGGAUUUGAACUGGAAGCUUAAUGUGGUUUUGAGUAGAACAUCAUUUGUCCCUGGAAGUGAAGAGAAAUGAACCCACUAUGUUUUGGCCUUAAAAUUCUGUGAAAUUUCAAAAGUGUGAACUUUUUAUUCUUCCAAAGAAUUUUAAUCCUUCCCACACUGAAGUCUAGAGAUUGCAGAUCUAUCCUCAGAGAGGUCCUUGAAGGCAUGCCUGGAGAUUGUCAUGUUUGUGCCACAUUUCAGUUGAGUUCUGCAGUGUUCAUUCAGAUAUGUUUCUCAGCAACAGCGCAGUGUCACGUUAAAGAAAGCGAUCUGACCCCCAGUUUGUGCGUCACGUCCUGCAUGUCCCACCCCACUUUUCACGACCUUGUGUUAGACUGGUCUCUGCUGUAGUGGAAUCUUUGGUUUUGCAUCAGAGUGAAAUAAACCCAUCAGAUUUGGAACAGAA